AUGGCUAAUUAUCAAGAAAUUGUACAUUUGAACGUGGGAGGCACAAGAUUUGCUACAUCCUGGCAUACUUUAACAUGGGUCCCCGACACCUUUUUUACAGCCCUACUCAGUGGUCGUAUACCAACAGUAAGAGAUGAAACAGGAGCUAUUUUCAUAGAUAGAGAUCCUAAUUUAUUUGGGCUUAUUCUUAACUUUCUCAGAACUAGGGAUAUAGACCUAACUAGUGUUAACAUAAGGGCACUUAGACAUGAGUGUGACUAUUUUGGGAUUACACCCCUCAGUAGGAGGCUGGCUUUAUGUGAUGAGAUGAACCAUUCAUCCUGUGGAGAUGUAUUGUUUUAUGGCUAUUUACCUCCACCAUUGAAUCCUCCCAUUACUAACAAUGCAACUGGAAGAAAUGGUAACAACGCUUCUAGAAAAAGUUCUACAGCCUCAAACACAGAAGUAGCCACAAACAGAACACACUCUAGAAACUCCUCCCUUGAUCUUCGCACUGUUGGUAGAAUACCUUCACAAGAUCAGCUAAGUCGUUGUGGGAGAGGUCAUUCAAGAGCAGCUUCACUGGGUAACACAGAGAGUCAUAAAGGCCUUCGGCCACCUGAGAUGAAUACAUGGGCUGACAGUGUGAAAGUUCAAAUUAUCAAAGCUCAUCAUAAUUGGAUUGCAGUCGCAUACACACAUUUUGUGACUGGAUACCGAUUGACGGAUUCUUGCGGUUGGUACGUCGUUUUCCAAUCGCCCGUGCAGGACUCGGUGAUUGAAAGGAUAGCUCUGAAUGCAAAGACCGGUGGCGGCGCAACAACAAGUGGAAGCAAUGCUUCCGGUACUGAUGUGAUGCUGGGAAUCGCAAGUGGCCCUCUGGUGAGGCUCUGGGCGUUUUCCACUCACACUGAACCAGUCAGACGCACCCUAGUGGGCACGUUCAACCUGGGCGUGCGCGUGGAGCAGCUGCUGUUCGUGGGGCCGCAGCUGGUGGCGCUCAGCGGCGCCGGCAGCCGCAGCAAGGCGGGCGUCUGGCACACCAGCACGCAGCACUGGCAGACGCAGGACGUGGCCCACCUCACCACCCACGACACGGCCGGCUCCUUCCUCCUGUUGGGCACCGCGACCGGCGCCAUCAACUAUAUAGACAUGCAGAAGUUCCCCCUGCGCAUGAAAGACAACGACCUUCUCGUCACGCAACUCUACAAGGACCCCAAUCAAGAGCCAAUCACUGCGAUAUCGGUUUAUCUCACACCGAAAACGAAUCUGUGCGGCAACUGGAUAGAGAUCGCGUACGGAACUAGAUACGGCUCGGUGCGCGUGAUCGUCCAACACCCGGAGACGGUGGGCCACGGACCACAGCUGUUCCAGACCUUCACCGUCCACCAGAGCCCCGUUACGAAGGUGUCGCUGUCUGAGAACUACCUGGUGUCGGUGUGCAGCGAGUACAACCACGUGCGCUCGUGGCGGGUGACCCGCUUCCGCGGAAUGAUCUCCACUCAGCCCGGAACAACGCCAAAGGCCGCCUUCAAGGUGCUCGCCCUGGAGGCGCCCACCGCUCAGCCGCACAACGACUGCGAGUUGGAAAACACAUGCCGCCUCCGCCGGCAGGUGUCGCUGUCUGAGAACUACCUGGUGUCGGUGUGCAGCGAGUACAACCACGUGCGCUCGUGGCGGGUGACCCGCUUCCGCGGAAUGAUCUCCACUCAGCCCGGAACAACGCCAAAGGCCGCCUUCAAGGUGCUCGCCCUGGAGGCGCCCACCGCUCAGCCGCACAACGACUGCGGUCCAUACGGUGAACAGGACGAAGAGCAAAUUUUCAUUCAGAAAGUUGUACCGGACACCGACACGUUAUACGUUCGACUGGCUUCAAAUGGCAAAAGGGUGUGCACCAUCCGUUCGGUGGACGGUUCGGCGGUGUCGUGCUUCACGGUGGCCGAGUGCGAGGGCGCGCUGCGGCCGCGGCGGCUGCUGCUAUGCGGGCACCGCUCGGGCGCCGCCCAGCUGUGGGACCUCACCGCGCCGACGGACCGCGCCGCCCGGCCCCUGCCGCCGGCGCCCAACGGCGGGGAGGGCGAGGACUCGCCGGCGGCGGACGGCGGGCCGACGCCGGACGAGCUGGUGCGGCUUCUCUCCGCGUGCGACCUGGACGCUGCGCCGGCGGUGCCGGUGCCCCACUCGCCCAGCCGGCCGCUGCAGGCGCCC